AUGGUUGUUUUUACCGUUAUUGUCGUUGUUCUUAGUGGUACCAAUACUUGGUAUUUUGACCCUCCCCUCGCCUACAUUUUCUCUGCUGCUGCUGCUGCUCUUGAUCUUUCUUUUGAUGUUCUUAUAUCUUCUGAUGACAAAAGCACCUUGGACAAACCACAAGAUGUGCAACGCCGUUACAGCCUGGUACCACCAACGUCUGCCGUUCCAGGCAUCAGCUUGACAACCGAAGACAACAGCUGCGGAACCAGUCCCGACUACUCACGUCGACCAAGUGCCCAUAGCUUGGGAACCUUUAAUCUACCCGUAAGUGCUGCUUUUGAUCGGUUAACCGGAGGCAGUUUGUAUCGGCGCUCCAGCGCCCACAGCCUGGGGGUGCUGCCAAUUGGCCUGAGCGGGCACACAGAGUGGGGUAGCAAUUCCAGCCGACGUUCGAGCUCGCAUAGUUUGGGUAUGUACUCCCUGAGCUAUUUCGGUGAAGAUGGCUGGAGUAGACAAAGUUCUCGGAGGACAAGCGCCCAUAGUCUUGGACCGGUGAUCAUGCCCGAGAUGGAGCGACGUGGAAGCAGAGGGAGCAUAUUGAGCGGGUUGACUGCUAUGGACUUCCAAUCACAAAGACGCUCCAGUUUCCAGAGUAUUGGUGAAAGCGUUAUGCAAUUAUUUUCCGGGAAAUAGUUCCAAAACAUGGCACAGAGGAGUAGAGUCAUAGUGCCAACAAAAGUGUGUCAAUAACAAAAAACAACAAAAAUAUUAAAACAGAAAAAACAAUAAUCUAAAACAGAGAAAAGAAAGAAAAUUUCUCUCAAUCCAGUUCGAUCGCAAACAGUUGGAGUUACCUCCCUUUGUUGUAGCAUUCUUCACUCAAAAAAGUACAUAUGUUGACGUUUAUUUCAUAUUUUUGUUAUUCAUAAUAUUUUCCCCCUUUCUUCCUGUCAUUUUGUAUCUUCUACACUGCACAAAGAAAAACAAAAAUAUGAAUUUAAGAAACACACCAACAACACGGUUCCAACCGAUUUUCGUUGUUUUCGUAAAACCCUUUACCUUGAGUCACCCCCCACCCCUCAUUACAUUAAUCACCUAUUUUUAUGAUUUAUGAACUUCUUUUUUUCUUCUCCUUGUGUGAAAUUGUGAUGUAAAAAGAAGUAAUAAAUGAAAACAAAGCAAA